UGAGUUGGAAACUAAUAUAUCCGAACGUUUCUACUUGCACUGCCAGACACAAUUUAGACUCCCGAGGCUUCAGAGAGACGAGGCAAAAAAGGACCGUAUAGGGCAAACUGUGAAGUCACUGAAAAGCAGCCAAAGUCCCCAAAACUCGCAAGGCUGAGGCGCCUUCAAACGCACACGACGCAUCCUUUUGGCUGUUUCACGGAGAGUUACACCGUUGGACAUGUGAAUUUAAAGGAGAUACCUGCCCAGCACAACGAUGAAACCAACGACUGCCCUGUGCUGCUUCGGCUUUCUCCUGAUAAGCCUCUUAUUUGGGUUCGGCUCUUCACAGUCAGUAUGUGCUGGUACCGAGAACAAGCUGAGCACGCUGUCAGACCUGGAGCAGCAGUAUCGCACUCUGAGGAAAUACUACGAGAACUGUGAAGUUGUGAUGGGCAACCUUGAGAUCACAAGCAUUGACCGGAGUCGAGACCUCACCUUCCUCAGAUCUAUCCGGGAAGUGACAGGCUAUGUUUUGGUGGCUCUGAACCAGUUUGACUACCUGCCUUUGGAGAACUUGAGGAUCAUUCGAGGAACGAAGCUGUACGAAGACCAAUACUCUCUUGCAAUCUUCCUCAAUUACAGACGAGAUGGAAACUUUGGCCUGCGGCAGUUGGGUCUUAAAAACCUCACAGAGAUUCUCAAUGGAGGUGUUUAUGUUGACCAGAACAAGUUCCUCUGCCAUGCAGAUACAAUCCAUUGGCAGGAUAUUGUCAAAAACCCACGAGUCCAUCCUCUGGUGGUGCCUACCAACAGCAGUGUCACAUGUCAGAAGUGCCAUCGUACCUGCAACGGCCGCUGCUGGGGCCCCAAAGAGGACCAGUGUCAAAGCUUAACGAAGACGGUAUGUGCCGAGCAGUGCGAUGGCCGUUGCUUCGGGUCCUACGUUAGUGACUGCUGCCAUCGUGAGUGUGCAGGCGGCUGCUAUGGCCCCAAGGACACAGAUUGCUUUGCCUGUACAAACUUCAAUGACAGUGGAGCCUGUGUCACCCAGUGCCCUCAGCCGUUUGUUUACAACCCCACUACCUUCCAGCUGGAACACAACCCCAGAGCAAAGUACACUUAUGGAGCCUUUUGUGUCAAGAAGUGUCCACAUAACUUUGUGGUGGACCAAAGCUCCUGCGUGAGAGCGUGUCCCAGUAACAAAAUGGAGGUGGAAGAGAACCGCAUUAAGAUGUGCAUCCCUUGCACUGACAUCUGUCCGAAAGCGUGUGAUGGAAUAGGUACAGCCAGCCUGCAGAGAGCUCAGACAGUGGACUCCAGCAACAUUGACAAGUUUGUGAACUGCACCAAAAUCAAUGGCAACCUGGUGUUUCUCAUUACUGGAAUCAAAGGGGACGUCUAUCACAACAUUGAAGCUCUGGAUCCAGAAAAACUCAACGUAUUCCGCACUGUCCGGGAAAUCACAGGUUACCUUAACAUCCAGUCUUGGCCUGACAACAUGACGGACUUGAGUGUUUUCUCCAACUUGGCAACUAUAGGGGGAAGAGCGCUUUACAGUGGGAUCUCUCUGCUGGUGUUAAAGCAGCAGGGCAUCUCAUCGCUGCUGCUUCAGUCCCUGAAGGAGAUCAGCGCUGGGAACGUCCAUAUUGCCGAGAACAGCCAGCUCUGCUAUUACAAUACUGUCAACUGGACGAGACUAUUCAGCACUGCAAACCAAAAGGUCCUGAUCCGCAGCAACCGAAGUCCGCAGGAAUGCACCAGGGAGCACAUGGUGUGUGACCCGCUGUGUUCAGACGCCGGCUGUUGGGGUCCCGGACCAGACCAGUGCCUGUCCUGCCGGUACUUCAGUCGUGGCCGAACCUGUGUGGACUCCUGCAACCUUUAUGAAGGGGAUAUUCGAGAGUAUGCCAAUGGGUCAGUGUGUGUGGAGUGUGACGCCCAGUGUGAACGAGCAGACGAUGACUCUUUGACUUGCCAUGGUCCGGGCCCAGAGCAUUGUGUGAAAUGCCUUCAUUUCAAGGACGGUCCAAACUGUGUGGAAAAGUGUCCCGACGGCCUACAAGGUGCCAACAGCUUCAUCUUCAAGUAUGCCGAAGUCAACAACGAAUGUCAUCCCUGCCAUGCCAACUGCACCCAGGGGUGCAUUGGACCAAGACUCCAAGACUGCAUUGGCUGGAUGGACAGAACCCCUCUUAUUGCAGCAGGCGUGAUCGGUGGCCUCUUCAUGGUUGUGAUCAUGGUGCUGAGUGUGGCGGUGUCUGUGCGUCGCAAGAACAUAAAAAAGAAGAGGGCACUCCGUCGCUUCCUGGAGACGGAGUUGGUUGAACCUUUAACUCCAAGUGGAACAGCUCCCAAUCAAGCUCAGCUUCGUAUCCUGAAGGAAACAGAACUCAAAAGAAUCAAGAUCCUUGGAUCUGGAGCGUUCGGGACUGUUUACAAGGGUAUUUGGGUCCCAGAAGGUGAAACUGUGAAGAUUCCUGUAGCCAUUAAAAUCCUUAGUGAGGUCACUGGACCCAAGGCUAAUGUGGAGUUCAUGGACGAGGCUCUGAUUAUGGCCAGCAUGGAGCACCCUCACCUGGUCCGACUGCUGGGCGUCUGCCUGAGUCCUACCAUCCAGCUGGUAACACAACUCAUGCCUCAUGGCUGCCUGCUGGAUUACGUGCAUGAGCACAAGGACAAUAUUGGGUCACAGUUACUGCUCAACUGGUGUGUCCAGAUCGCCAAGGGAAUGAUGUAUCUGGAGGAGCGUAGACUGGUCCACAGGGAUUUGGCGGCCCGAAAUGUUCUGGUCAAGUCUCCGAACCACAUCAAGAUCACAGACUUUGGUUUGGCCCGGCUGUUGGAUGUCAAUGAAAAAGAAUAUAAUGCUGAUGGAGGAAAGAUGCCCAUCAAAUGGAUGGCCCUGGAGUGUAUCCAUUACAGGAAGUUUACGCAUCAGAGUGAUGUUUGGAGUUAUGGCGUAACCAUUUGGGAGCUGAUGACCUUUGGAGGGAAACCGUAUGAUGGAAUUUCCACCAGAGAUAUUCCAGAUCUGCUGGAGAAAGGAGAGCGUCUUCCACAGCCACCCAUCUGCACCAUCGACGUCUACAUGGUUAUGGUCAAGUGCUGGAUGAUUGAUGCAGACAGUCGACCGAAGUUUAAAGAGUUGGCUGCGGAGUUCACCCGAAUGGCUCGCGAUCCCCAGAGAUACCUGGUCAUCCAGGGUGACGACCGCAUGAAGCUGCCCAGCCCCAGUGACAGCAAGUUUUUCCAGAGCCUGCUGGAUGAGGAGGAGCUGGAGGACCUGAUGGAUGCUGAAGAGUACUUGGUGCCCCACUCCUUCAACAUCCCCCCACUAGCAUACACUCCACGCACACGGAUGGACUCCAACCAGAACCAGUUUGGCUGCCAGGAUUCCAGUUUCACAAUGGAGGACAUGCUGGCCAGCCUCCCCAGAGUGGCUCCCCCCAUGUCUGCAGGCGGCCUCCCCCCACAGGACCUCCCUUCAGGGGGGCAGAUUAGCGGGGGAUUUGUCCGUGGCGGCCAGGACGACCCUCGCUGCAACGGCACGCUGAGGAAGCAGGCCUCGCCAAGGUCAAGCACCCUCGGAGCCGGUGCAGCUCUCACCGCAGGACAAGGCGGAGGGGAGGUUGGUAAUGGACAGCGUUACAGCGCAGAUCCUACUGGUAAUAUAGUAGAAAGAGGAGCAAAGGGAGACAAGGAAAAGGAUGGCUACAUGACGGCCAUGAGAGACAAGAACGCUUCAGAUUAUCUCAACCCUGUAGAGGAAAACCCCUUUGUCACGCGUCGAAGGAAUGGCGACGCUCAUGUGGCGUUUGAUCGAGCCACCUGCCACACGCUGCACUUGGCUGGAGCCGCUGCAGCCCCCAAGAGCCAGUCCUCCCACGGCAACGACGAGUAUGCCAACGAGCCGCUGUACCUGAAUACAUUCCUUAACCCCGGGGACAAGAAUGGAUUGGCUGGCGCAAUCUCCUUCGCUGGCUCCGCGUCCUCUGCUGCCCAAUCACUCCAGCAGACAGUGAACCCAUCAACAUCAAGCCACAUCGUUUCCACCUCUGGAUACGUGGUGAACCCCGGCCACCUCCCCCACCCGUCGUAUCCAUCACAUACCUUGCAUCCUGGACAUUCAGGACAUGCUCUGCACUCAGGCAUCACCAGCAGCACCAUAAUGUUUGAUAAGAAAGGCAAGAAAGCCACUUUUGACAAUCCUGAAUACUGGCAGCACAGUCUCCCUCCGAAGUCCUCACUGCACAACCCUGAGUACCUGCAGGACUGCAGCACACGUUUCUUCUACCGGCAGAAUGGACGGAUUCGGCCUGCUGUGGCCGAAAACCAGGAAUACUUGUCCGAGGCUGCUAUGAAAGCUGGAAAUGUAUUGCCACCCCCUCCUUACAGGCAGAGGAACACUGUGGUGUAGUGACCAGCCUGUAGCACCUGGUAGGAUGAAUAGAAAGACAUGGUGGAGAAGGAUAAUCCUCUCUUUUCCGUGUCGUACUUCUCUACCUGGGUUCCCUUUGCACCUUCUCUGAACACUGUCUUUUACAAAAUCAUGUAUUCUCACCCUAAGGAUCUGCCUUUUCAUGACAGAGCUGCAGUAACUGUCACUGAGAGCCUCAACUGACACUCAAGACCAUCUUUGUUAACUUCAUUCUCAGCCAUGACCCCUGAAGCAAUUACACAACUCUGUGAAGGUGUUUCUGUCCUGGAGAAAACUGCUCUGGCACCUCUAGCGUCACAGAGGCACACAAACACAAUCAAAUAUUGAAAAUAAGUUGUUAAUGAGGAAAAAAUGAGAAAUAAACUGCGGGUAGUCCAAAGAGGAUUGUUUUCAUGACCUUAGAAGAUUACUUUAUGCACCCAUGAAUCAUUGCUCAACAUGGUUUAUUAUGCAUUUUCCAUCCAGCUAGAUGUGUAACUUGCUGUAUUCACAAAUUGCUAUUGCGUGGGUGCAGUCAAUAAUGCGAAAAAGUGCAUUCAGAGAUGUUUCUUGACUUACCAGUGAACCUGUGCUCAUGCUGUUAAGCCAGAUGUGGCUUCCUCUCCUGCCCACAUGCUUCUUUGAGUUUUACAUUUUACUGCAUCGGUGAUGUAACGCACACACAUCUCAUACCUGGAUCAAGUUAACAUGCCUGAAGGCUCGACACACCAAUAAUAACCAUACAUUAAUUCACCUGUAAAAACACGCUCUGACGGAUGAAUCUGCUGCUACAUGAAAUGGAUUCUGGAGGAGACUGACCUUGUACUCCGAGACGGAGCGUGCCAAUGAUGGCAGUCAGUGGUGCGGCGCAGGAAAAGGGGUCAACGCGAAAGAAAAUGUCACCGCAGCUGUGAAAUCACCUCGCACCAGGUUGAAAGCAUUUGAUAGAUUAUGACAUGGCUACGGUGGAAUUUAAAAAGCUGAUUGCUUAGAAGAUGACCCUUUAAUUCCUACUUGUGUUUUCAGUCCCGUUCCCCGUUUAUCAGACAAAUCCAAACUGCACUAAACCAGUCCAUUGUUACUUUUACAGAGGACAUGGGGAAAUCAUUUUAGGGAUAUAUUUCAACACAAAAUGAUUUUGGAAACCUUUACUGUUUCAUUUGAUUUCAUUCAUCAGGGAUAUGUUUACUGUGUUACUUUGUCUUACUAUGUAUUGUGUUAGCCACAAGAAAAUGGUGUAAACCGCACAAAUAACACGCAGCAAAAGAGCACUGGGAAGAUGGCAAAGAGGUUAACCCUUCAGAGGUGAAAAAAAUCCACUUAAGUCACUACAAGAAAGUCCCAAUCCUGGAUAAAGACCUCCUGGACCAAGCCCCGUUUGGGAAGAAUAUAUCAAAGACAAGUGUGACUAUGUUUUUUUGUUUUAUUCCAGUGUACAAGACUCACGAGUCACGAGCUCCUGUUACUUAUGGCUGAGGUGGGAUUGGUGGACGGGCUGUCAAAAUUCUCAAAAUAGACCAUUUUAUAAUCAAACAAUUGAUCAAAAUGGCACACUUCCUUUUGUGAGAAAUUAAUGGUGAGAUAUAACAACUUGGUACUGAAUCUACUGAUGGCUGGCUUCCUGAACUUACACAGUCCUGUCAGAUGCCACAUUAAACUCUGAUGGAGACCACUAGCAUCUGUCGCCAGAUGACUUUGAAGCCUAAUUUAGACACUGCUCACUAUUUAAUAGCACCAAAUGCUCUGGGACAGCUAAUUGACUUUGCUAUUAGUCUCAUUUCAAAUGGCAAUGAUGGCAUUUUGUUCACCAUCUUGUAAUCAUAAUUUACGGUGACUCAACAUUUUAGUUUCAACACCAUUUUACUGACAAGGAAACAUUAUUGCUGCAAAGAUAUACAGUGAGAGAGUUCAUCGAGGCUGUGUGGCACAAUAAUAUUGACCAUCAGGGAAAUAUGGCGAUUGUCUAGGUUUUAACUCAGUAAAGAGGCACUCCUUUGAUCUGAUGUUGACCUUUUAAAAUGCUGGUGGAAGAUCCAGAAACUGAUAAGCUGUUAAACACGGAGUGUAUGUCAUUUCCUACUUUACCCAUAAUAGCUUACUUCAUUAUGGAUUAUUCCCUCCUACAUGAAUCCUUUUCAAAUUCAACAUUUCCAUCAUAAUCAUGCACUUUUUUUCCACUGUUGUUUAAAAUAUGACAUAUACUGAAGUUUCAACACAUUCCCACUCCAACUUUGUCCCAUAAUGACACUUGGACACGAACCAAUGGGACCCACAUUUUUAGCACUGGGUAGACAUUUUCAGUGGGGCUUCAGAGUACUUGCAUACGUGGUGAGGGCUUUCAACAACCGAUGAAGCUCUAUACUGGGCUGGUUGUGGAGAAAUAAGUGAAAGGCCUGCCAGCAAGAGAAACAAAGUUCUGUGACUGGACUUGAAAUGCCUGUCAUCAUCAUCAAACUUUCAUUUUAGGUUCCUUCUGAAUACUUUUGUUUUCAGUCACUGUUUUAAUACAUUCAAGCAGGAAAACUGUAUCUUUGGUUUUGGUAAAAACAUGAGUAAAGCAAAAUACAUCUUCAUUUCCAACUUUGAGCGGCUCUUUUAAGGCACACUUCUUUUCCUCUGAUUUCUGGGUUACCAUAGUGAUAUUUGCCACCACAAUGUAAGAUACCAUUUAGCUACUGUCUUGUGGCAUCAUUUAAGUUUUUCAGUGACUUCCGUUUGGUUUAUCUAUCCUGCACAAUGAAAAGUGAAAAG